AGUAGAAAACGUGAGCGUCGAAGAUCACACCUUCGCAAUAGGACACAGCGGCCUUAGAAGGCGACGCGGCGUAGCGCUCCUCGCUUGCCACAUCAUUCGUCUGCUGCACAUCUCUUCUCACCUGCCGUGCAUUUGCGUGCUUUCGAAAUCUCACAGCCCACAUCCGUCCACCCUCUAUCGCCGCUAACACGACGUUUUUUUUUUUUUUUGCGAGAGGUGAGAAAGAGGGAUUUUCUUCAUUUGCUGCCUUCUUUUUCUUCUCCUUUUCCGCCUGCAGCGUACGGCGCUAUUUUUGUAAAGCCUCUGCACGUAUGAUGGACUCGACUGCCCAACCUGACGGUGAGGUGCCGUCCAAUCCGAGUGCCUUCCAAGCCGCGAUGGAGUGUGUGCGGGCCCUGUACCAAGAAGGCGUCCUGCAGUGCCAGGUGGUGCAGGCGGCCGUUUCCUCGAAAGCAAAGGCGAGCUACGAGAGCGGAAGCACCAAGGUGCACGCCAUCAUCGACACCUCCCGCUAUUAUGUCCUGCGCGGCUUUCUAUUCUGCAGUGUCGUCUUAGUGGUGUGCGCAGUCCUCGUCACCGAUCUCUCCGGGUGUUUUGUGUCGUCGGUGGCCGGCGCUGCGGGUGUGCGUCGCUAUGUUCUCGCCAACGUGCCUGGCACCACCGUUGUCCCCCUCCACUUCAACGCCCUUCCCUUCCACAGCGACGACUGGCAGCGGCACCUCCCGGCGGACAACGCGCUGAAGGAGUUCUUCUUGCCGGACAAGGAAACGCGGGCCCUCAUCGCCUCCAUGGGCACCCCCGCCGACCCGACCCACCUGCUAGAGCAGCGCAUUGGACAGCUGGUGGACACGAAGUUCUCCCUCCUCAACUACUUCGUCAACAGCCAUCUCGCCUCCACCACGAUGUACGUUCCACGAUCGGCGGCGUCCUCCGAGGUCUUCUCCCCCAAUGGUGGCGUGAACUUCGAGAGCCUUUUUCAAAUGGGCCCCGCCAUGUUUAACGCGAGGGGCGAGUACACGGCUCGGAUGCAGAUCGUCCUGGCGAAGGAGGACGUCGGCCGCGAAGUCUCCCUCAUCCUCGAGUCCUCCAUGCUGUUUUCCGAGGAUGCCAAGUCGAUGGAGCCGCUGCACCAGUACGAUGUUCUCUUCACGAAGAGCACGUCCGUCGCCAUGCGCACCGGCCCACCCUCUCAGGUCUUUGCGGUUGUGCUCUUCAAGAAGACGCUGCGGCUCUGCUUUUAUCCUCCGGUGCGCGCGUACGAGUACCUGAUGAGCUCGCUGCAUCAGCGCGACAACGCCGCCUUUCCGCCCAUCAACCCUGCGCGCGAGGUGGCGGUGGUGCUGGACGUGUACCACCGCUUCACGCCCCCACUGACGCUGCAGCCGCGGCUACGUGCCAUGAACUUUUCGCUCUACCAGCUGCCGGAGCUGACGUCGGCGGCGCGGGUGAAGCUGUCUCGCAUGGUGUUUCUGUCCACGGUGCAGCUCACCGGCGUCGCGCGGUGGCUGUCGGACUACCCCAUCUCCACCUUUCUGGUCAUGGUCGCCGUGCUCUUCGGCAUCUCAGCCACGAUGAGCGUAGGCACCAUUCUCGUCAUUGCCGGGUAUGUCUACUGGAAAUGGUUCUUGGCGCCAUCGAAGUCGUCGCCGUCCGAUAUGGAGAGCUCCGACUCGGAGCUCUUCGUGGCGCAGCAGCGCAUGCCGCCCACCACCGCGAAGAACCUGUCGUUCCCCAUAUUUCGUCGCGACCGCAGCAACGAAGACUUCUACGACGCGCUGGACACAUCGCAGCUGCACCGCUCCGGCUCAUUUAGUGACUCGCCCUCCAAAGCGAAUUAG